GCCUGCGAAACGGCCUGCGACUCGCGCAUGGUGGCUCUGCAGAACUACUCUUUGCUUGGCUGCGUUUCGAUGGGGGAGGCUGAGGGAUGAGCACCGAGGCACCACCCUCUCGCUUCUGCCUGGCUCGCACGCACCUACCGCCCCUUCCCUCGGGUGUUUCCGCCGGCGGUGGCCGCAACGCUUCGGCCCCGCUCGGCUCUUUCCGCCGCGCCGGGCAGCCGCCUUCGGCUCCGCGCGCGCCGGCCGCCCGUUCAGCUCUGCCCAUGUCGGGCGUGUUGGCCGCCGCCGCCGGCUCCCGCUUCGAGCCCCCGGCUGCCAGCGCGCCGGGCGGCCGCUCCGCGCCUCGGGACCCCUCAGAAAAUGAAGACUCAGCGCAAAAGACAGAGCCCGCACAUCAGCUGGUUGAUUCUUCAGAGUCCAGUACUUCUCGGACCGGGUCGCAGAUUGGGUCAAUCGUGAGUGUGGGCACAACAGAGGAUUCGAAGGAAGGUGCUGGCACUUUGGAGGACCAGGAAGUAGAAGAAAAACUGCCCAAGCAAAUCCAGUCCCUCAAAGAGGAAGCUGCUGUUCGAUUAACCAGCUACCAUGUACCUCAAGGAGCAGGGGAUAUAGUCAUGAUUCAGUCAGAUCACACUGGUGCUGUGGAUAUCCUUUCAGCUGAGCUAGAGACUGCUGACCUCCUUGGGGAGCAGAGGAAAGCUCAGCCUCCCCCUCUGGCUCCACCCACCAUGUGGACCACAGAGAAGACAAAGGAAUUCAAAGCCAAGAUGGGAAGGGAGAAAAAUGGCCGGAUGGUGGUGAAGCGAGGCGAGGUGGUGACAGUCCGUGUGCCAACUCAUCCUGAUGGGAAAUGCAUUUGUUGGGAGUUUGCUACGGAUGACUACGACAUUGGGUUUGGAGUCUAUUUUGACUGGACUGCGGUUACUAGCACUGCCAUUACUGUGCAGGUCAGCGAAUCCAGUGAUGAGGAGGAUGAAGAGGAGGAGGAAGAAAUUGAAGGCCUUGCCCCUGUUGGUGAUGUGGAAAGGGGCUCCAAAAGCUAUCUGCGGAACCGUUAUGGAGAGAUCAUGCCCGUGUAUCGGAGGAACAGCCAUCGGGAGGUGCAGGCAGGCAGCCACGAGUACCCAGGCGAGGGCAUCUACCUGCUGAAAUUUGAUAACUCCUACUCUCUCCUCCGCAAUAAGACUCUGUUCUUUCAUGUCUAUUACACUAGCUGAAGAAAUGGGAAGGGGCAGGGAUGGCAGGCAGGUAACAGUGGGUGUAGCAGGCUACUACCUGAUGGGCACUGCUGUGUGACGGAACCAAGUCACAAUUCUGCCAGCUUCUCUUCAGACGCUAACUGGUUUCUCUCCACACCCUUCUUCCUGCCGUCCCAUUGGAGAAAAGUAGUUGUGACUGCCUAGUUGUCCACAGGCAGCUGCUCUUUCCGUAAAACUUUGGGAGGCCUGCUCUGUGCAGGCAACAGGCUGGGCCUUCAUGUCAUGGCCAGUAAAUGCCCAGAAGCUGGGUUCAGGUGGUCGUGGCUUCGAUGUGUUGUGCUGGUACGAAAUCAAGUUAAAAGGUUCUUGAUCUGUUACUGUUUUGUGCAUAACUUUUCCAACUCUCCUGGUGUAUCUGCAUCACUAGAGGGCAGCUGUCAGCUGCAAUGAGCCAAAAGCACAGCUGGCUUGUCACCUAGUGACUGCUAAUCUCGUCACCUACCAUCACUAUGUGUACCCAGCAGCCAGUGCUUCCUGCACUGGUGUGGCUAGGGGUGCAGCCAGCCAGUGCCUGCCCAUGCUGCAGUGCCUGGACCACGGUACAGCAGGCAGACCCCAAAUGGCUGUCGCUGCAUGUUUGAACUGGGGGUGGGGGGAGGGUGCUCACCUAGGAGCCCAUUAGAAGGUUUUCCUACAGAUGAAUUGGAUGUUAUACCUGUUUACUGCAGGGAUAUGUAGAUGAUUAAAACUUCAGUGACUACCAAAAGGUUGGUUUUUUUUUUUUCUGUGAUCCAGAUGUGAAGCAGAAGAAAUUACUUACUGCUGUGCUGAAAAAAAACACACAAAGGUUGGAGUACAACCGAUAAAUAUACAGGAAAUGUUUCUUAGUAGCAGCAUGUUGGCUCUGGUAUUGCUGCCAGCUGGAUAAUACCAUAUGUAGCACGGAAAAGGCUCCCCAGGGAUGUGUAGCUUGUCAGCUGCUAUUACUGUUGCAAAGGUAUUGUUAGAAAAGAACAUUUCUACUCAGAAACUCAAAAGGUGUGGGAUUUAACCAAUCCUUUCUGUGAACCAGAAUCAGCAAGGCCAUUGCUAACCCUGACCACAUGGUAAAGGAUGGAGUUCCUUGGCAUGUUUUGGUGGCUAGCAAUGGCAUUAGUGAUCAUCUUCUGCUUAAGUUCUGGCAGAGCUGAACUGAACAAGGAUUAAGUUAAUCCUUCAGAGAUGAAUUUUAAAUCAUGUUUAUCUGUCACUGUUGUCUAUUUUAAUACUUUUAACUUGAAAUCAUUCUCUUUUCUAAGAAUACUGCUGUAUUUACAUUUUGAUACCUCUUUGCAGAGACACAAAAUGGCUGUUUGCAUGGUAUUCUAGUAGAGUUCUGAGUUUUAUUUUUAAAUCCCCCAGGGUAAAGCACAUCUACUUGGUCCAUUCCUUGUGCUGAGAGAGAACGAUGGACAAAAUGAUUUUGGGUAGUUAAAGCCAAAGAUUUCAUUCUUGUAGGAGGGCCACGUAUUUCCUAUUAAGGCUAUAUUGUAAUGCUGUGCAAUUUGCUCCCUAUUCAAGCUCUUCUUUUAACUAUCUGUCCUUACUUAUUCACUGCCCCAGAGCACUUACUAGGUCAAAGCGGUAAGAGAGAGCAGUCAGUGUACUGUAGAGCAGCCCAAGGUAGGAGCAGGAGGAAUGGAAAUGGAAGAAUGCUGGUUGGAGCACAGUGGCUUUCUGGGCGAGCAGGCAGGGAGCAGAGUUGAUCAGGGUAAGGCGCAGAAUUGUUGCUGUGUUGGGCCCUGAGAUGGGGAGAAAACCUUCUCAAAAGAGAGAGUGUGUGUGCAUCUAGGCAGGGGGGAAACUGCAAAGCUGCCUUAUUCAAGCAGGGCAACCACAGGACAACCUUGCAGGGAGACAGAACAGUAGAGCUUGAUAUCUGUCAGAAGAAGAUGAUCUUUCAUUUAGCAGCUUGGGGAGGACUAUUCUUUCCUUUUCCUUCUCUUGGGGGAGAUGAAGAACCAUCCUGUGGCCUUUGUACAGCACUUGAAACAAGCCUGAGCAACUUGGGUAGGGCGCUCUCCUUUUCUUUUUUUUUUCUUUUUUUCUUGUAAUCCUUUGUCUGUCGAGUUUCUAGACACUAAACAGAAGGUAGAAAAGACCCUUCAGUCUGACUGCAAUGUCAGCACUGUCCCGCUUAAUGGCUGCCUUUGGUCCUUUGCUGUGAGAUCCACAGAACCCUGCAUGUACUUGCUGGUUAAUGUCUGAUGCACUGUCUGGCACCCACUCCACUUUCUAAUUAGGAUUUAUUUACAAUGAAGGGAAUUCUGACCCGUACAUGCAUUAGAUAUUCUAAAAUUCUUGAUACUUAGUUGCACAGCUUAUUGCAGACUGGUGGUUUAUCUCCACUAAAAAACUGUUUCCCUUAUGGUGUGGCCUCCUUGUUUAUAACAACUCACAGCUACUUCCCCCUCCUGUCUGCCUGUUGCUUAUAUUAAGGUUGAAAAUAUAUUUUGUCGUGUUGUAAGAAGUUAACAAUGCCUGCCUCAGAACCAGUUUUGAUCACUCACUGCCAUAAAUAGUAUGUGCCAGUUUUAAAGCCAUUACUGGUUUUAGUGAAGAUAAGGUGCGCUGUAGGUGGUAAUCCUGUUGCUCAGUUUGAGCUUUCUGAACUGUGGACCAGCCUUUAAUAAGGUGCAGGUCACUUGUUUGGAACUGCGCUCGUCUCCUGGUCUCAUUGCGUUAAGCCAACAGCAGCCCUGGGUAUGGUAUGUCAUCCCCAUCAGCAUGUGCCCAGUCUGCAAAUGCAGUGUGCCCACAGACAGCCCGCUGCAGGGAACUGAAAGCAUUUGGGGUGUGUUAUUUCACUGCAUAAGUUUCCCAGAAGUACCUGGUAUCUUUUAUGAACACAGGAUAGUUUUAGGCACAGAAUAUUUCAUCUGCAGGAAACAGAAGCUUCAGACUUGCACAGGAUUAUUCCUUUUUUUGUUUGUGUUGUUUUUUAAAUUUCCACAUUACAUGAUUAUGUUGUUUCUCAGGUGUUCAGAUAGCAUUCAUUCUCCAAGUGACAUCUUCUCUUUGGAAGGAUAUAGUCUUCAUUCGUUUUCUGAUAAAUCCAAUAGCUUGGCUGUGUUGCUCGUGAUUAACAGCAGCCAUUCCCAUUCAAAGUCAAACCCGUAGUUGGCUCAAAGAAGUAAUCUUAUUUCUCAUGCAACCUUUUUUUCAGUUUGGAGUGUCUUCUGGAUUUCUAUCAAAUCCUGCCCGUUAUUACUUUAAUUGGAGGCCUUUGGAACUAGACCUUGGCUCUUAGAAAGAAAAAUAAAUUUAAAAGCCAGUUGCACAUCAGAGAGGGAAAUUAAUUCUUGAGAGAGGAAAAUUCCUUCUUUGUUUCUGUGGAAGGAGGAUUUUAGAUAGGUUUUUCAAGUAUGUUUCUUCUCCCUGUAAACCGUGUCUAGACAUUCAAAAAGCUAAAUCAAGGAAGAAGCUUCUUUUGCAUUUUGGGUUUGCUUUUAUGAGAGCACUUUAAAAAAUUUAUUUUGAAUAUAAUUUAGAUCUAGAAAUAAGAUUUACAUGUUCAGUCAGAGAUAUGACAGUCCUGUAGUGCAGGACUUGUAUAAAAAUUAGUUUGUAUUAUUGUUUAUUUAUAAUAUAACAGUCUGGACAUUUUUUUAAUGUCAAAGAAGGUCAUAAGCUUUCCAUUGCUUUCUCUUUUUUUUUCCCUUUGAGUGUAAUGUAGCAGCAGGAGUUUAAAAUCGAUGUGUUUUAUUGAAGACAGAGAGUUAAAAUUGCUUAUAACAGGGACCACUUGUACUGAUUUAAUUUACAGUCCUCCAAACAGUUGGUGAGUAAUAUGGACUCUUGUUUCUGAAAGGUUAUUGGUGUCAGAUGUAGGCUAGUUGCAAACUGAGACCCACUUAAUAGCUAUGUAGAUUAUUAUUGGUAAUGAGAUGUGUACGUGAACAGCUAAGAUGAAGAUGCAUAGAAGAGCUUAGUUGUCUGCAGCUGCUAAGAAGUUGAGUCACUCUGCAGCUGAGUCUAAAAGAUGGCCACAUGCCUUUCCUUUGGCUCUGUUCUGUGCGCUUGUCUCCUUGUAACUGUGUGUGCCUGUAACCUUGAUGUGUGGUCUGCAGUUGGUCCAUUAUUGUGGUGCUGGACCAGGUGAGGUGGGUUAGACACGGACCUUGUCACAUGUCUAGUUGUGGAAAGACUUACUUAUUCUUGUGGGGAAUUAGGGUAGAGAAUGAAUCCCUUACCAAGUUUACUUUUAUCCCCACUGCUUAUACCCUUCCUUGUCUUGCUACCCUUACUGAAGCCACUUUGCGUAGGAUUUAUCACGAGGUGCCUUAGGAGCAGGGAGCAUGUCUGAAAUAAGAGCCAUAGAUGUCAUUAACCCAAAGGAUUUCUUCUCCUUGUUUCUCUGCCCAUUUGGGUAGAGGGGAGGCACUUCCUAAGGUCAGGCAAGGAGAGCCCAUCUAGGCUGUUCCUGGACAUUUAAGCUGUUCUUUAGACUGCCUUGUUGCUUGCUGUAAGAUGAAUAGUAGAACGGUGUUUGAGUUUCUCUGCGCUAUAAAAUCUUUGCCUUUUAAAAUCAUACGCUGCUGUCAGAUAUCGAGGAACAUGAGAGGACUACUCCUUUUGAUAUGCUGAUACUAAACCUGAGGACCAGAGGAACACUACACAGACACAGAAGGGCAUUCCUUGUGGCUGUUCAUCAUUUUCUCUAAAAAGAGUGUCUGAAUCCAAUGCUGUGAGUGGUGUUCACUUAUGUAUGUUGAGGCUAGGUAAGAGACCAAAGCAACAAAGCUGUUUAUUUUUUUUUUUAGUCUACAAGUGUGAAAGAAAAGACUGUUUAUCCUUUUCUCAUAUCUGGGAAAAUAUUGGAUGUGACAAUGUCAUGCAGAUGUAGCUGAACAUCUCAACUGGCAGAAUGAAAAAUGGGAAACUCAUUGUGUUAAAUACAUUGACUAAUUAGACUGUGGCUCCUGCUAAACUCCUGGCUUCUUUCAAAGUGCUAAGUCAUUUAUCUAAAUAAGUUGAUUUGCAGUAAGUAUCAGUGAAAUAAAGUUUUAGAAGGUACAUAAAACUGCGGAGUUCAAAUGUAUCUUGCUAGGAGGAAAAUUUUCUGUGGGGUUAUUCCAUGUUUGCCUCCAAAGAGUCUCUGGCAACUUAUUCUGAAACACCUGUGCUGUUGCAGCUGAAGAUGCAACAUCAGGCUGUGUGGAUGGUGGGUCUGACUCCCCUUGGCUUUUCUACAUUCUGUUCUGGAUUUUGCGAGUUGUUUUCCCAGAAGCUUCAUCAUGAGAAAUGUACCCUUUAUCAGGCAGGGAGAGAGGAAGAAUUUUGUGAUCCAUGAGUGAGGGUUAUCUGGUUUAAGCCCAUCUGGACUGGCAAGUCAAGUUCCUUGGGAAAGAAGCUGGAUGCCAACUGUUAAGCACAGAGCUUAGGAGGCUUUGCCAGGUAAUGACCAUGAAGUUUAGGAGCUGCAUUUGAAAAUUAUGAGUAGCCGGAGAUGGUCCCCAUGCAGCCCCCAGGAUGCGCUGGUGACAAUCUGCUCCCCUCACAGGGAAGCAAUUUGCUCUCAAUUCACUGCUCCAAGCUGCUCGUGUAGUCUUUCAAUGGGGGGCACCUUGUAGCUGGCCAUACCUUUUUCAGACACAUAUUCUUGUGAAUGGUUAUGGUUGUCUGUCAGCCUUAUCUGUGUGAUGUGAAUAUUUUUGAUGUCCUGUGACUUCAAAAUUGAUUUCUCAGCGCCAACCAUUUGCUUUUCAUGUCCUCCCAAUAUAUGAGUUUUAAACGUAGGAGAGGAUAUUUUAACAAAAUGCAGCACUGAACCUCUUGCCGAAGGGCACAUAUGAAGACUAUAUUUAUAGUGUGCUUGCAUUCAUUCUAUGCUUGGUUUGUAUUGUUUAUAUUUGAUGUGUUGUGGUUGAUUUGUAAUAGUAUAUUGGAACAUAUUCCCUUUAAAUAAACUUUUCACUAUGCAACUAAAA